UUCCCUCUCGUUGUGGUGCUUCAUUUGUUUUCCUCAGUUUUUUUUUAGCUCCCUUUUAUGAUCUGACCGGGCUCUGGGAUCUAAGGGUAGUGUGAGUUUGUAGCAGGCCAAUCGGAUACAUUUGAGGCCAAAUCUUGUCUGUGUCUCUCUCCCUCCCUGUGUGUAAAUGUAGGUUCUCGUUUGCUGUUGAAUAAAAGGCCAGCACCGUGGGGGGAGCCUUGUUUUCUAAUUGUCCUGAAGCCACGCCGUGCCAUCAUCACGUCUUCCUGUCUCUACCAGCCAGCAGUCAUGUCCAUUGAAUACACCAUCGAUAUCCAGCUGACUGAGUUGGGAUUUCCUGACAUCCUCCAGAGCUCAUUCAGAGAGACUCCCUAUCGCUCCACAUCACGUGAUGACUCCUCCUCACCCAGUCACAGUCCCAGUUCACUGUCAACCACACACAUGCAAAGACUACUGGUCCGAGGCCAGCAGUCAGUUGCUGGUAAAGAAGCAGGUGCAGCAAAACAGACCUCACAUGUUGAACGAACCACAGUGGGUUCUGCAGCUCCUCUGUCAGACAGUUGUGCUGCACAAAAUCCUGUACAAGGUUUUCAAGAUGAGCAUGCUGUCAAAGGCAUGGGGGCUCUUGAUUCAUCAGUGACUGAUAUCACUUCUGGGCCAGAAGCCGCAGACCUUCCACGGCUAGUAACUGAACAGGAUGGCAAAGGCAAGAAAGGUGUCGAUGGUGCACGAGAGGAGUCCACAGAGAUGCAGGACGUGGAGGAGGACUCCGAUGACAGUGAGGUGUCAAACGUGUAUGAGGAAGAAGAGGUCGAAGAAGAGGAUGAUGAUGAUGAUGAUGAUGAGGAGGAGGAGGAGGGACUAAACGAUGAGUCGAGUCAUUCAGGCGACUUCCGCUGCAGUAUCUGUAAUCUGCAGCUGCCCUCUAAAUUCAAGCUCCAGGACCACAUGAACCUGCACACCGGAGCGCGCCCUUACUGCUGCGCUGAAUGUGGAAAGCGUUUUUGCCAGAUUUACAACUACCGUGUCCACCUGCGCACGCACGCCGAGAUCAGAGUGGAUCUUCAUCAGUGCCGCGUAUGUCUGAGUAAUUUUACCACAAAGGAAGGUUUGAAAUUCCACCUGUCCAGAACUCACUUUGAGAACGAGUUUUACGAGUGUGAUCGGUGCAAACGUGUUUUCACUUCCCUGAAGGUAUGUGAAAACCAUGUGCAGUUCCAAAAAUGCAAGCUGGAUUCCGUUUGUGAGAUAUGCGGCCGCAAUUUCGCCUCUCCAAAAUCUCUGGCGCGCCACCGUAAGGUGACGUGCUAUCGCAAUUUCAAAUGCACAGACUGCACAAAGACCUUUACUAAGAAGAAUGCUCUCCUGAAACACAGCUUCUCCCAUCUGGGCCUGCUGCCUUACACCUGUGUACGCUGCCGCUGCCACUUCCGCCUGGCAAAGCUGUAUCGCAAACACAAGUGUGAACCAGAACGCAUUCACUGUGUGGCGUGUCUGAGAGAGUUUCUCAGUCAGGAAGACUUCCAGCAGCACAAAAAGGACACAGGCUGCUGGGGCAAUCAGGAGCCCAAAGGGGAUGAGAUCAGAUGUUUGGAGUGUGGAGAGAGAUUUGGCACUUCUGAAGAGCUAAAGAAACACGCCGGGGCUCACCAGAGGGUCCUGAAAUGUGCUGAAUGUGGGAAGGGUUUCCGGUCGGCCUUGCUGUUAAUGUCCCACAUGGGGGGUCAUGCCGGCAACUCGCCCUGCCUUUGUCAGAGCUGUGGACAGGGCUUUCCCCACCAGCAGAACUAUGACAGCCACCUAAAGACCUGUGGACAAACACCACAGCCUGCGAGUGCUCCCAAGAAACGCCAGGCCUCGAAGAGCUCCUCCUCAUCAUCGAUUCCAACAAAUACAGCCGCUGUGCCUGCUGCUGUUUUAAACAACCCUGCUGCACCAGUGAAGGACUCUCAUGGUCCAGGACUUGUGACGGGGGGGCUGUCUACUGGCUCUGCUCAAUCAGAUGGAUUAUGGAAGCUAACCCUCAACGAACAGCCGCCACCGGGUGUCAAACUUGUUGUGUUUCUUCCUGUCUGUAAAACUGAAACUGACAGCCUGACGCCCACAUCUGCCAUCCUUCCGACGCUUCCAGCUAAGCAGGGCCCGCCAAACAACGCUGCGCCUCCUGUUUCAAAUGAGCACCUUGGAGGGAAUGAUGCUCUUGGAACGAUGCGAAAUGGCCCCCUGAAUUUGGUAACACGGAUCAAACAGGAUCCAGAGUGGGAAGCACCUCUGGAUUUGUCUAAUAAGUUUAACUCAUCCAAGUCAACUCUCAGCAACAUUCCUGUUGUUCCUAUUAAAAAUGAGCCAGGAGAAUUUGAGAUCUCAGGAGGGGCUAAAAGCACUGAAAAACAAGAAUUUAAAAACAUCUAUAGAAAAGUGGGGCUUGAAACAAAUCUUGGAGAGACAGAUACAAAUACUGAAGUAAAGCAAUUUAAAGUGGAAACCACAGGUCUCUCCAGUUUUAAUGUUGAUACAACAUCCUCUAGACUGAUUGUAGAUAUAAAGAAAGAGCCUCAGUCUCCUGGUCCUGAUCUUGAUCUGUGGUCAGCCAGAUCUUGCAAGCUGACAGAGAAAGAAGUUAAGAUGGAUGUUGACAUUGCUGAAGAAAAUUAAUCAACAUUUUCAGUGACUGCAGAAAAAUCUAAUAAUGAUAGAAUCAGUUGUAACAUUCCUUACUGGAGUUUGUGUAUAAAUCCUGCAAAGGACACAUCCACUGUUGUACCUGUAGCCACGUGAACACAGAAGUGUUAUUCUACAGCCAGAACAAUAUACUAUUCAAUAUUGUAUACAUUUCUCUAUAAUCAUUAUAUCUACCAUAAUGCCCUUGUAUGACAAAGCAGAUCUUUAUUCAUUUUCCACUAUUAGGGAUAGACUCUUGAAGAAAUCCAGUGUAUUUCCAGCAGUCGACUGUGUGACCUUUGGUUUAGAAUAAGAAAUAUUAUUGUUUCCUCUGUAAUUUGAACAAGACAUUCCAAGCUAUUGUUUACCAUGGCAUCUUUUUUUUUUUUUUCACUUUUGGGUAAAGCUUGUGGCACGGGUCACCGGAUCAGAAAGGGUACUGUAACUGUCAUAAAGCCUAUGCAAUAGAAUGCAGGAUUUCUCACAGAAUUCAAAUGUUUUCCAGAUUUCUACCUUUACGUGUUUGUGUGGGGGAAUUGAAUCCUUUAGGUUCAUUAAAGUGUAUUAAGUUGAAUGAAAACACUGGAUUUUUUAGUAUUCGGCGGAAAACUUGAAAUUAUUUUUGUGUAAAGAUACUUUACCUUUAGUACUUCUUUUAAUAUUUAAUGAAUGCAAAUAAAGGUACUGAUCAACCAUACGACUUUCUGUCACCUUGUGAUUACAUUUGCUGGAUCUUUACUGUCUGCAGGUAUCUUUUGAUGUUUUAAAAAAUAAGGCAAAUAAACUGUUUUCCUUG